CAAUAGUAAUAAUAGUAGUGGGGUUCUCAUGGUCAACCUAUGCAGAGAGAGACAUUUAGGGAUUUUCAUAAUUCUCCACGCCCGAUUCGUUCCUCUACUCAUUCAUCUCUUUGAUUAAUAAUCAUAGCCACCCACCCACACUCCAAGACUUCCCACCUCUCCCUCUUCUUCUUCUUCUUCUUCUUCAUCUUCAUUCAAUUCUCUGCAAUAAGACUUGUUCCAAUACCUUCAACACAUCUCCUCCAUCUCUAACAUUACUUCCCAUACGAUUCUCAAAAUGGGUUUUGAUGAUCUGUGUAAUACAGGCCUUGGCCUUGGGUUGGGCUAUGAAGGGAAUAAUAAUACUCUCUCCAAGUCUGAUCACCAACAACCAAACAAACCCUCCCGGAAAUUUGAUAACCUCUUUCCUCGUUCCCUCACUUUAGCCCUCUCAGAUGACCACAAGUAUGAAGCUUUGGAAGCCAAAAUUGAUGUGAACAAGGCGUGUGAAGAGCCAACUGAUCCAUGCCAACAAGCUUCUCCUCACACUCACAGUGGUGUCUCAUCCUUCUCCAACGUUAGCAUCAAGAGGGAAAGAGAUCCUGUAAGUGAAGAGGUGGAGAUUGAAAGGAUCUCUUCUAGGGCCAGUGAUGAAGAUGAGGAAGGAAGUGCAAGAAAGAAACUUAGACUCACCAAAGAGCAAUCUGCCCUCUUGGAAGACAGCUUUAGAGAGCACAGUACUCUCAAUCCGAAGCAAAAACAAGCUUUGGCGAAGCAAUUGAAUCUCCGACCCCGACAAGUGGAAGUUUGGUUUCAAAAUAGGAGAGCCAGGACAAAACUGAAGCAAACCGAAGUAGACUGUGAGUUCUUGAAAAAGUGUUGUGAGACACUAACGGAUGAGAACCGAAGGUUACAAAAGGAGCUUCAAGAAUUGAAAGCAUUGAAACUAUCUCCACCACUUUACAUGCAAUUGCCGGCAGCCACCCUCACCAUGUGCCCUUCUUGCGAGAGGAUCGGCGGCGGCAUCGGCAUCGGCAUCGGCGGAGGAGGAGAUGGGUCGUCUAAGGCAAACCCUUAUGCAAUGGCACCUAAAACUCAUUUCUACAACCCCUUUACACAUCCAUCUGCAGCUUGUUAAACUG